AUGAUCUAUUUGCUAAAUGUUGGUUUAUGCGUCCUAUUUGCAUUUAUUUACUAUUGGUUAACAAAGCCGCUCAAUCGAAUCAAACGUUUUGGCGAUGUUGGUGUAUUUGUAGGCAAAAUAAAGAUAAAUAAGCCGUACAGGAGAGCAUUUUUGGAAAAAUUGAAGAAAAUACGAUUUGUCGGUAAAAUACCACCUGUAUAUCCAAAUGGAUGGUUCUGUAUUGCUGAAUCGAGACAAAUUAAACUGAAAGAAGUUAUGCCAAUUAUUUUUCUAGGACAACAACUAACAUUACUCCGAUCCGAAACCGGAAAAGUAUACCUGAUUGAUUCAUAUUGUCCACAUUUGGGUGCAAAUUUUAGCGUCGGAGGUCGUGUUGUCAACGAUAAUUGUAUACAGUGUCCAUUUCAUGGAUGGAUUUUCAACGCUGAAACAGGCAUUUGUACACGUAUUCCAUAUGAAACAAAUAAUACAAUACCCGAACAGGCCAAGGUAUCCACUUGGCCAGUGGUCGAGAAAAAUAUGCAUAUUUACGCCUGGUAUCACUGUGAUGGGAAGGAUCCGGAAUGGGAAAUUCCAGAUGUCGAUGAAAUUAUCAAUGGUGAAUGGAAAUAUAAAGGUCGAACAGAGCAUGAAAUUAAUUGUCAUAUUCAGGAAGUGCCAGAAAAUGGUGCUGAUAUCGCGCAUUUAAAUUAUUUACAUUUAGCUGGUAUAAAUAAUG